CGCACAGGCAAGCAGAGGCUCAUCGUCGCCUCGCACACACACACACACGCCGCCCUCUCUCUUGCCGCUCCACUCCACCCUACCCCGCUCUCAACACCCACACACACCACACGUUCGCUCUUCGCUGCACAGCAACAGCCAUGAAGGGCCUGGCGAUGCGCAAGCUUGGACGCACCUCGUCUCAUCGACGAGCUCUACUCCGCAAUCUCGUCACGAGUCUCAUCGCGCACGAACGCAUCAGCACCACGGUGGCCAAGGCAAAGGAGGCACAGCGCGUCGCAGAGAAGAUCAUCACCAAGGCCAAGCGCGCACAGCAGGGCGAGGUGCAGCAGGGCAUCCAGGCGCGCGACUAUCUCUUCUCGAAUCCGCUGCAGCCGUCGUACCCGCGUCUGCUCGAGCUGGCCACGCGCUACGCCGACCGGCCCGGCGGCUACACUCGGCUGCACCUGCACGGCGCGCGCGCAGGCGACAAUGCGCCAAGGGCACUGCUCGAGCUCGUUGAUGGCCCGGGCGAUGUGCGUCUGGAGAUGACUGCCCGUGCCAUGGCUCGCGAGACGCUCCUCUCUACUUGCUCUUCUUCUUCCUCGACGACGACGACGGCAUCGGCCGAAGCAGGGCCUUCUCGUCUGCCCUCUCUCGAGGCAGACUUUCGUUCUCUGACGCGCAAGAACAUCGACAAGCUGGUGCGCUUCAACGCCUCUGCCUCGAGCGUAUUGCUCGCCAAGGCACAUGCCGAAUACUGGCGGCUGCAAGCUUCGGAGGAGCUUCUCGGCGGCGCUCGCCGCGUCAACGAGGCGCGCGAAGCGGCGUGGGCGGGCCAUGGACCGCGCGGCGCCUCGCACACACGGCCCAUGCUGGGAAGGAGAGCAAAGGCGGGCGAAGAGGAUGUGCUCAACCCGGCCAUGAAGCCAAAGAAGGGGAUGCAAAAGUCCAGCGUCGUCAGGCUCGGCAAGGGCGCGUUUGCAAGCCGACUCAGAGCCAGAGUGCAGAUGCCCGCGGUGGCGGAGCGAAGGAGAGAGGAGCGCGCCACACGAUGAAUGGGCGCUCUCUUCUCUUCUCUCUCGCCCUCUGCUACCCCGUCUUCUCUCUCUCUACGCAAACUGUACUACACCCCUUUUCAUGAAACACACAUCGCAAGCGCGCGGCCCUUGCGUAGCAUCCCAUCCCCCUCAUCUCCUCACGCCCCGUCAUUUCUAACCUCUGUAAUCCCCAUACCGUCCCUACACGCUCUAGCAGGCCAAGAAUGCAUGCGUUCUUUCCAC